AUGGGAAUUAGGCCUGGAGGUGUUGUGGAGACCGAUAAGUUACCUUCUGAUGUGAGAAACCGAGCCAUGGAAGCUGUUGAUGCGUGUGGUGGUAGGGUUACCAUUGGUGAUGUUGCUAGUAAAGCUGGGCUUAAGUUGAAUGAAUCUCAAAAAGCCCUUCAAGCUCUUGCUUCUGAUACUGAUGGGUUUUUAGAGGUUUCAGAUGAAGGUGAUGUGCUUUAUGUUUUUCCAAAGGAUUAUCGCUCAAAGCUUGUUGCAAAGUCAUUAAGGCUAAAAUUUGAACCCGUAUUUGAGAAGGGAAAGGCUGCAGCUGAGUAUCUCAUCAGGGUUUCUUUUGGGACGGCUUUAAUUGCUUCAAUAGUUAUUGUUUAUACCACAAUAAUUGCUAUUCUUUCAAGUAGUCGGUACUGGGAUCCAUAUUACUAUAGGAGACGGCAACUAAGAACAGAUGGUGGUGACAAUAUGAACUUUAUCGAAUCUGUAUUCUCGUUCGUAUUUGGUGAUGGUGAUCCAAAUCAAGGAAUUGAAGAAGAGAGGUGGAAGUUGAUUGGGCAAUAUAUUUCCUCUAAUGGUGGUGUUGUCGCCGCUGAAGAACUAGCACCAUUUCUUGAUUUGAAAACUACAGAGGAUAUGAGUGACGAAUCAUACAUCUUACCAGUUCUUCUACGGUUUGAUGGUCAGCCAGAAAUUGAUGAAGAGGGAAAUAUUCUGUAUCGAUUUCCUUCACUUCAGCGUACAGCUUCUUCUAAAAGGAGUGGGAGGAAGGAAUAUGUGGGGAAACGAUGGGCAGAUUGGGUUGGAGGGGUUGGGAAGUUUUUCACAGAGAAAACGUGGCAAUUCAGUAAAACAAGUGCAUCAGAGAGAGCAAUGGCCAUUGGGUUGGGCGGGCUUAAUCUAUUUGGAGUGAUCAUUCUUGGAACGAUGUUACAGGACAUGGCUGUCACACAGAGUGGAGGAUUCAUUAAAUUUGUUUCUAGCAUAUUUCCUCUACUUCAGAUAUAUGCUGGUUCUUUCUUUGCAAUUCCAUUGAUCCGCUGGUUCUUCGUUCUCCAAAGGAAUGCUGAAAUAGAAAAGAGAAAUAGAGCAAGGGAGCAAUGUGCUCGAAUGCUUGAGUUACCUGAUCUUUCACUGAGGCGGAAGCUUCUCAGUGCUCGGGAUAUGGCCCAAAAAACAGUCAUAGGGCAGGAUCGCAUCGUCUAUAGCACUGAUAAGGACAUAAUAGAGCAAGAUGUUGAGGCUCAAGAAUGGGAUCGGAAAUUCCGAGAGAUUGAGAAGUCAGAUUGA